AUGACCGAGGUCUCCUCCACCAGGUUGUACCUGGGAAACCUCCCUCGCAAUGCCACCAAGGCCGACGUCGAGGCCCAUUUCGCAACCCAUGGCACUGGAGAAAUCACCGAAAUCAAGUUGAUGAACGGAUUCGGCUUUAUUGAGUACAAGGAUGCGAUGGAUGCUCGUGAUGUUGUACCCGAUGGAUCCGACUUCAUGGGCGAACGCCUGACCGUACAAUUUGCCCGUGGAACUCGGCAUCGGGAGGGCGGCAGCGCCGCUGGCUUUAACAACGAGCGCGCUCCCCCAAGGCCUCGCCGCACUCCCCAUCGUAUGCAGAUCACGGGACUUCCCACCGAUACCAGUUGGCAGGACCUGAAAGACUUUGCUCGUCAAUCAAGCCUUGACGUUGUCUACUCUGAGACCGGCCGCGACGGCAACGGGCGUGGCUUUGUUGAGUUUGAAACCGCAGCAGACUUGAGAACCGCUGUUGAGAAGCUCGAUGGCCGAGAGUUCAAGGGAAGCCGUGUCACCUGUGUCGCCGACACCCAGCCCGACAUGCCGCCUCGUGACUUGCGCGGCGCACGCUCCCGUUCCCCUGGUGGCGGCCGUCGACCUUACCCGCCUCCGGUGGAUGAUUACGAGCGACGGGGUCCCCCGCGUGGCUACAGCCCGCGCAGAGACGGCUACCGCGAGGGCUAUCGUGAGCGAAGCCCCCGCCGCGAGUACUACGACGACCGGGCUCGCUACCGCUCGCCUCCCCGUCGUCCCAUCGACGACUACCCUCCCCCGCGAGGCCGUUACGAUGAUCCCUACCGCCGGGACUACCCUCCGCCACCUGACCCGUACGUCAACGGCAGACCGUACGACCGCCCUCCUAGAGACUUCCCUCCCCGGGACGCUGGCUACCCGCGUGAUGGGUACCCUCGCGAGUAUGAACGUGGUGGCCGUUACUGGUAA